UUUGCCUGUGUCCAAUCUCUUUCUCUCUCUCUCGAUCAUUUUGUCUCUGUUUCUCUACAGAGGAUUAAUGGCGACGAAGCUAUCAACCCUUUACGUCGGGCAUGGCUGGCGUGGUUUUAGUUCUUCUAAUCACUCGAAUCCACGGUUGCCUGUAACUCCUGUUCGCUUGCUGCCCAUCUUCUGCAAGAAUCGUCAGAGGAACUUCAGUUCCCAACAUAAGAGACAGCAAGUAAAGAAAUUCUCUCCUGAACCGCCUCCAAUGGAUGAGAAAUUCCAGACAAGUGAUGAUGAGUGCAGUGAAGUUCAAAGUGCUAUUCCAGAUGCCAUUACAAGUUUGCCUGAGGCAGCCACGUCAACCAGUACUGAAGUUGAUACUAGUUUUACUGCUAAAAAUACUGAGACCAAUUUUGACAAUUCAGCUCUCGUGGAUGAAAAAUCUACGGCAGAAAAUGGUGAUGGUGGAGAGAAACUGUCAAAUGUUAGGCUUGGGGAUUUGAUAGGCAUGAUAAGGAAUGCUCAAAAAAAUAUCUUGCUUCUGAACCAAGCUCGGGUUCGUGCAUUUGAAGAUCUUGAAAAUAUUCUCAGCGAGAAGGAGGCUUUGAAAGGAGAGAUCAACAUCUUAGAAAUGAGGUUGGCAGAUACUGAUGCAAGGAUUAAAGAUGCAGCUCAAGAAAAAGUACACGUGGAAGUCCUUGAAGAUCAGUUGGAGAAGUUAAAGAAUGCGCUCACAGGAAGAAGAGCAGCUGACGAAAGUGGCCAAGAUUUGUAUGAGGACUUGGACCAAAUCUUGAAGGAAAGAGCUCCUCUAUCACAUGAUAAUAGUUUACAUUCUCUACGUGAGGUUCAAUCUUUCAGCAAGGACCUUAGUUCAUUAAGGACAGAGAAUGUGUCCCUGAAGGAGGAUAUGCAAAAGCUUAAGGAAGAACUAAGUAAUAUAAUGGAAACAGAUGAGCGUGUAUUGUUGCUGGAGAAAGACCGCUCUUCUUUGGAGGCUGCUUUGAAGGACUUGGAGUCUAAACAUGUGGCUGCUCUGGCAGAUGUUUCAAAACUUUCUUAUUUGCAAUUUGAAUGUAUGGACAUGCGGGAGAAGAUAGGAAGUUUGCAGGGAUUGCUCGACAAGGCAACUAAACAAGCAGAUCAAGCAAUUUCAGCAUUACAGGAAAAUCACGAGCUCCGAAAGAAGGUUGAUAGGUUGGAAGAAACCCUACAAGAAGCAGAUGCAUUUCGAACAUCAUCAGAUAAUAUGCAACAAUAUAAUGAGCUUAUGCAACAGAAAAUUAGACUUUUGGAAGAGCGCCUUCAAAGGUCUGAGCAGGACAUACAUUCUAAUAUUGAGUUAUACCAACAAUCAGUGAAGGAAUUCCAAGAUACAUUGAACAGUAUAAAAGAACAAAGCAAGGAAAGAGCACAAGAUGGACCUGUGGAUGAUAUGCCAUGGGAAUUUUGGAGCCGGCUGUUACUCAUUAUAGAUGGUUGGUUUCUUGAGAAGAAAAUAUCAUCCAGUUAUGCCAACCUUUUGAGAGAAAUGGCAUGGAAGAGAGAUGGACGUAUAUCUGCUGCAUACUUGGCAUGCAGGGACAAAAGUGAACAUGAAACUUUGUCUACAUUUCUGAGACUGGCUUUAUCAUCAACACGUCCUGGAUUGCAUAUCGUCCAUAUUGCAGCAGAAAUGGCACCGAUUGCAAAAGUUGGUGGCUUGGGGGAUGUUGUGACUGGUCUAAGUAAAGCGCUGCAGAAUAAAGGACAUCUCGUGGAAAUUAUUCUUCCAAAGUAUGAUUGCAUGCAAUAUGAUGGUAUUGGUGACUUGAGGGCCUUAGACGUAGCUGUGGAGUCAAAUUUUGAUGGCCAGCUAUUCAAGAAUAAAGUCUGGGUUGGAACAGUUGAAGGUUUGCCUGUCUACUUCAUUGAGCCCCAUCAUCCAGCUAAGUUUUUCUGGAGGGGGCAAUUUUAUGGGGAGCGUGAUGAUUUCAAACGUUUUUCUUUCUUUAGCCGCGCAGCGCUUGAGUUGCUCCUUCAAGCUGGCAAGAAGCCAGACAUAAUCCACUGCCAUGAUUGGCAAACAGCUUUUGUUGCACCACUUUAUUGGGACUUACAUUAUCACGAAAGACUUGGCUUAGCUAGAAUAUGCUUUACAUGCCACAAUUUUGAGUAUCAAGGGGAAACAUCUGCUUCAGAGUUAGCAUCCUGUGGCCUUGAUGUUCACCGGCUAAACAGACCUGAUAGGAUGCAGCAUAACUCAGCCCAUGACAGAGUCAAUCCUGUCAAGGGUGCCAUCGUGUUCUCUAAUAUUGUGACAACAGUAUCACCCACCUACGCUCAGGAGGUGCGGACAGCAGAGGGAGGACAUGGUCUGCAUGCUACUUUAAAUGAUCACUCUAAGAAGUUCAUCGGAAUUCUUAAUGGGAUUGACACUGAUACUUGGGAUCCUAAGACUGAUACUUUUCUUCAAGUUCAGUAUGGUGCUGAUGAUCUUCAAGGGAAAGCUGAAAAUAAAGAAGCUUUAAGAAAGCAUCUAAAACUGUCCACUGCUGAAGCUAGACAACCUCUGGUUGGUUGCAUAACGAGACUGGUACCACAGAAAGGUGUACAUCUUAUUAGGCAUGCAAUAUAUAGGACAGUGGAGCUUGGAGGGCAGUUUGUACUCUUGGGCUCAAGCCCUGUGCCAACUAUUCAAAAGGAAUUUGAGGGUAUUGCGAACCAUUUUCAGAAUAACCCCCAUGCUCGAUUGAUACUGAAGUAUGAUGAGGCUUUGUCGCAUGCCAUUUAUGCCUCAUCUGACAUGUUCAUCAUCCCUUCAAUCUUUGAGCCAUGUGGGCUUACACAGAUGAUAGCAAUGAGGUAUGGUUCUGUACCUAUUGUACGAAAAACAGGGGGUUUAAAUGACAGUGUUUUUGAUGUUGAUGAUGAUUCAGUUCCACUACAGUACCGCAAUGGGUUUACAUUCUUGACACCUGAUGAGCUGGGAGUGAAUAGUGCCUUGGAACGUGCAUUUGACAACUACAUGGAAAACAGUAAGAGUUGGCAGCAGCUUGUUCAGAAGAUCAUGAAAACAGAUUUCAGUUGGGACUCAUCAGUCUCACACUAUGAAGAACUUUAUGUAAAGGCUGUCAACAGGGCCAUGGAACAGGAAAGGAAAACACGUACCUGAGCCAUUUUUUUGUUCUUUUUUGCAUGGGUUCUUUUGCUUAUUUGACGGUAGAUUCCAGUCUUAGCUGGAGCAAUCUUCCCAAUUCUCACUCUACCUGUCCAACUGAGGAAGUUGGUUUUAAUGUGAAUCUGCCAAAGCUUUCCGUGCCUUCAUGGCUGUUAUUCAGAAUGAGAUGAUUUGUUAUCGAAUAUACCUAAUGCUGGAGAGUGAAGAGUUCUGAAGGUUUUAAGUGUAUAUAGGCACACUUGGGUCGAUUUUCCCCUUGCCUCCCCAGUUGCAUACAUACUACAACCAGUCAUGUAAUUCUUUUGUUCAUAGAUGAACAGACUCAAUUGUAUAAAUGUAAAUCUUGUUCUUUUAUGGGACUGCCAAAGAGGUAAGAGGCAAGUUUUGCCUUCAUUA